AUGUGGGGCCUUUUCACGCGGGCCCUCACGCUUUCCUCCUCCACCGUACGCGUCAGCAUUAUAAACACGUCUGCAAACUUCAUCAUCACCGCCGUUCUCAGCUCCAUCGUCUUCAACGAAUCCCUCCCAGGACAGUGGUGGCUUGGCGCAGCGAUGCUCGUCACAGGCAGCGUCAUCAUAGGCAUGAGGGAAGAGACGGAGAAGAAGCCUGUGCUGUCUACGAAUGGGGCUAUCAAAAACGAUGAGAAGGAGGAGGUAGACGACAGUGUGGAAUUGCGUAGCAUGAAAACCACAGAUACGAGCGUGAGACUGCGUAAUGUGAGAGAUACAGACGGAGGAAUUGGCGAUAAGGACCCUGUGUUGAAAUAA